AUGCAAUUAUCUAGUACAUGUAAUAAUAGUAACAAUAAUAAUAAUAAUAAUAAUAAUGGUAGAGUAAUCGAUCCUAAAAACACUCUUGGUAAUAUGGAUUUCAAUUAUCAAUCUGAAAAUGAGAAAAAGAAAUAUGUUACACCAAGACAAAAUUAA